GUGGCCGCGGGCGCUGCCACGGAGGCCUCGGGCCGAGCCGCGCCCGCCCCCGCCACCUCUACUAAACUGCCAAAGUGCGACCGCACUUUCGUGAGCCGCGGCGGUGCCAGCAAUGGGUCGUUCCACGCGCCCGAGCUGGUCAACCCGGGGAACCACAGUCGCCAGUGCCUGUACACGUUCCUGGCGGCGCCGGGGCAGCGGGUGCUCGUCGAGUUCCGGACUUUCGACCUGCGCGGGAAACCGCCCGAUGGAGCCGCUGUGGGGGAGCUACCAGCAUGCAUGCACGAGUACAUGGACAUCUACUCGGAGAUGGCGUCGCUGGAGGCGGGCGAGCUGGUCAACUCGGCUUUCGGCGGGCGCUACUGCGGACCCAUCCCGCCGCGCCGCCGCGUGUCCUUACACCGCGCCGUCGCACUGUCCUUCUACACGGACAAGACUUACACGCCACCGACCCUCUUUACGGGCACCUAUCGCUUCAUCAACGCAUCGGAAUUCGAAGUGGGAACACCAGUGCCGAAUACGUUGUGUUCAUUCGUGAUCGAAGCGAGCAAACGCAAGACGGGCUUUCUGCUGUCGCCGACGUACCCCGGCAUCUAUCCGAAGGACAUGACCUGCAACUACCUGUUCAGCGGGCAGCCCGGGCAGAGAAUACGACUAGAGUUCCGAGACUUCGACCUAUUUUUCGGCGGGCCGCAUUGCCCGUUCGAUUGGGUGCGCGUGUACGACGGGCCCGACAACUCGUCGGGGGUGAUCGGCACGUACUGCGGCCAGCAACGCAACCUGGUGCUGUACUCCAGCGACGAGCGGCUGCUGGUCACCUUCUUCACGCUGCCGCGCAGCGCGAGCACGCAGAACCGCGGCUUCAAGGGUAUCUUCGAGUUUUCCGAGAGUUUUGUUAAGUUAGAUUUUAUAAGUAAACACGACGCCGAGCACAUUAGGGGCUCCGAGUGCGACCAGAAGAUCCUUAGUAAAAAGGAGUCGACGGGAUUCGUGUACCAUCCCAAUUAUCCAUUCCCCUAUAUACAGAAAGUUGUUUGUAGAUAUUUUAUAUAUGGUAUGCAAGACUCACAAAAUUUAGAGAGAGUGCGUUUAGAGUUCCAAAACUUUUCAAUACCGAAAGGAUAUAACCCCAAACCGGACACAUGCCCCGAUGGUUACCUUAAAGUAUACCUCCGCGGUCAGGAAGCGACUGACUCGUACGACAAGCACGACGCGGAGUUGUGCGGUGAGGGCGCGGGUGGAGGUGCGGGCGCGGGAGGGGGGGCGGUGGAGGCGUUCCCCCCGCCGCUGCUCUCUGACGGACCGCGCCUCGUCAUGGUGUUCAGCUCUGGGGAACUGCAGGGGAGGGGGUUCAAGGCCAAAUAUACCUUUGAGACUGAAUAUCGAGUUCCGGGUACGGCAGCGCCUAGCGGGGAAUGCGCUUUCACCUACCGCUCGGAAGCGAAGAAACGCGGGGAGUUCAACUCUCCCCGCUACCCCUCCAACUACCCCUCGCAUACUAACUGCACCUACACCCUGGACGCUACGCCCAACGAGCAAGUCACCGUAGUCUUUGACCACUUCAAAGUGAGGGCUGAUGCGUGGAAUGCCACAGCUGGAUUGUAUGGUGGCGCGACGUGCAGCGAGGACUGGGUGGAGGCGUGGUGGACGGGGCGCGAGGGCUCGCGCGUGCCGCUGGGCCGCUGGUGCGGGCUGGCCACGCCGGGCCCGCUGCAGUCCCCGCGCGGCGCCGCCGGCCUGCUACUGGCGCUGCACACCGACCGCGACAGCGUCGCCUCCGGGUUCAAGGCGCGCUACGUGUUCGAGCCGGCUAAGUCAAUAUUCGGCGACUGCGGCGGCAACAUGUCGGGUGCGGAGUGGGGCGUCAUCACAUCGCCACGCUUCCCGCUCGCGUACGAGCCGCCCGCCCGCGGCGCCGCCUCGCGCGUCUGUAACUGGUUCGUCACCGCGCGCGCCGGCAAGCGGCUACUACUCAACUUUGAACACUUCGCCGUGGAAGGACACCUCACUGAGCGUGGCUGCCCGGCAGCAGUGCUACGGCUAUGGUACGAGAGUCCGGGUCCGCCUCUGGAGCUGUGCGGAGAGAAGGCGCCCUCCGACCGAUGGCAGUAUCUGUCCUCGUCUAACUCUAUUCGCCUCUCGUUCAUAAUAGCGGACAAGUCAGUGGGCGCGGCGGGCUGGCGCGCCAUCUGGACGGAGGUGACGGUGCCCGAGGCGGGCGGGUCAUGCGCGGACGCGGGUACCUCCGGCGCCGGUGCGGGCGCGGACUGCGCAGGCGCGUGCCUGCCGCCCGCCGCCGCCUGCUCCGCGCUGCAGCACUGCGCCGCCAUGCCGCCGCGCCGCCCCGACCACUGUUAGUAUGCACCGCAGACAUAUACAAAUAGAUGACGCGAGUGCAUCCGACCGACCGAGCGUGCCUAAAACAUGACAAAAGGAACACCGAACAUUUUCCUUUUCCACUGUUUUAUUUAUUUUCAUCACUGUUCUCGAUGUGAAUGGCGGCCGCGAUUUUUUGUUUGUCUAAAUGGUGUCGAUUCUAACUUAAAAUUAAAUUUUAUAUCAGUCUCUUCUUUUCGUUUUGUAUCUAAAAAUGACAAAGAUACACUGUUGUCUAAUUUAAUUUCAGGUUUAGGGAAUCAUGCCAGAUACGACACCAUUGUGCCAUUAUAAGCUGUUAAAACUAUUGAAUUGAAACGGUGCCCAUGCUUUUGCACCACUUAAAUUGCCAUCAAAAUAUGACACGCUCGGUUUUCAUACAAUUUGACGCACAUGCGUUGUCUACUUAAUGGCUCAAUUACAUUUGGUCGUUAGUCAGCAGUCAGUUAUUCGGGUGCACGAAGCAAUAUUUACACUGGAAUACGAGGUGGAAGACAGUGUCGUUUAACCAAAACGAAAACUACCUAAAUACGGGCGUACUUGACUCCGUUCAUUUACACUUAUUCGUUUACCCGAAUUCCAUUGGCAAUCGUAUUCGGGCUAUCGACCAAAGGUAAUCGAGCGAUGAAUCUAGGUCUGUGGUAUGCACGCUUAUCCGCACCGGUUCAUUAUAUAUCUACUCCAGACAUGAAGGCGCCAUCGCUGAAACAGAAUCUCGUAGGUCGACAAGGUGAGGAUAGCUGGAGUGGUAGGUAAAAAUGCUGUACCAGCUAUCUUCGCGUCUAGACUCCACCAUCACUUAACAUCAGGUGGGAUGGAGUCAUUUGUCGGACCUAAAUAUAAAAAAAAACUAACCCACCAUGACCCGACCAACCGGGCGUAGGUUUCGAAAGUUUGCAUUAUUUUGCUUUCGAAUCUAGAUGUCUAGAUUAAAAGUUUAGAGAUCACACCCACUCAUAUACCAAGACAUAAUCCGAAGACAAGUAAUCAGUUGAAAUACGAGGAUUAAGACAUUUUACUUAAAACUAAACAAUCCUCUCAUAUUUUGAAUAACUAAAAUUUUAUAUAAAGAUUUUGAAUUGUUGGCGCCCAACGUGGGGUUGUGAGUGGUAUAUUACCGUCAUAUACGUUUGAAUCAUAAUAAAUCUGUAUUAUUGAGAUUUUAUAGGACGAGUUUCAUCACGCCAAUGCAGAGGCGUGACGCCAGUACAAAAAUAGACAUAAGCUAAUUGAUUUCUUCCUCCUUUCAUUUUGGAAAAAGACAGGGUUUGAAAAAAUAAUUUAAUUUUGUGGAUUGUGUUUUUGAUAUACAACUACGAAUGUUUUCACUCUUGCUAGAUUGUUUACAUAAAAUCUGGGUGUAUUCAUCGUAUAUUCUAUCUUUACUGGGUGUCUUCUACUCUUGACAUAAUCAUAACUUAAUCGAACUUAAUAAUAUACUUUUAUCCUUAUCAAUAUAUUCAUUCUAUUUUCUUCUUCAUAAUAUAAGUAGUAUCUUUAGCAAAGUUUAAAUUCUGACGAUAAAAUGAACUAUUAACUUCAUUAGAAUUUAAUACAGAUAUUGAACCUAGUGCAUUACUUGUUAUACAUAUCGAUACUUUAUCAUAUUCUGUUGAAUGUUUAUUUACAGAAUCUGUGUAGGAUGUUCUAUACGACAGACCAAAUUCUGAAAACACUAUUUUAUUCAAAAUUUCUUUGCCUCUGACAAUUUCACUGUAUAAUAAUACAAUUGGCACUGCACAUUGCAUUUCACAUAAUUGUAUCUACACCUUGCAUUAUCGUCGCAUCAUAGGUAUAUUAAUACGAUAUAUUUAACUAUCAUAAAUUUGAAAUACCUACUUAUAAUGAUGUAGCUUGUUGAUGACGUAAUUAUUAUGGAGUAAGCAGUACAUGGUUGAGUUGUUGGCUACGUACAGUCGUACACUUCACGGGACAUACGAGUACAGUUUGAUGCUUGGCGCUGGGCACGGACACAUUUGCUGCUUACUCUUGCAUUUUUCUUCUAUAUUGUUGUAAAAUAUUGUACUUUAAACACUGUAGCUCUGUUAACUAACGAUCUUUAAAAUCAAUUAUAAUGUUAUGUUCACUAUACUUUCAAUUUACUAUUGAUGGUUCAAUGCAAUCUUUGUCUCAAGAACGUAGGUAGCUAUGUGUAAUGUUAGGUGAUAGUUUGUAUAAGGGUUCAAUAUUUAUUGUUGGUGAAUUAGCAGAAUAUAUCGACUAUGUUGCAAAGAUGACCGAUAUUUUUAUUUACAAAGCGUCCUCUUCAAGACACAUUUUUAUUUUCUAAUUAUUCUAAAUGUUCUCAUUUAUUGCCAAUCUUACAUUCAUGAACUACGCUCAACUUUCUACAGUAUUCACUUUUAUAUCUUAGCGUUUCUACAAUACUGUGAUGACUCAGGAGAGUUUUAAAUCGACAACAUUCGUAUCGAUUCAAAUUUUUGCUUUUACCACCUCGUAGUAUUUUCGGUGUCUGUGAAUUUGCGAAACAUAGUACUCUCAUUAGAUUUUUGAUACGCAAACGACGAAGCUUGCAUUGAGUCAUCGCACUAUGGGGCCCGGGGUACCGAGUCAACCGUCAGCCUCACAUCGAUGUUCAUCGGUCAUAAUACUUUCUGAUUCAUCCAUUAAAACGAGAACGAAAGAGAUCUCUCGCUAGAGAGGUGUCUUCAGAUAAACUCCCUGGCAUGUUUUAGUUGACUAAAUACAAAUAAAAUAAAUUAAAAUCUAACCAUCACCACCACCGGAAGGGCGCGCUUCAGAUUGCUAAAUACAAACACAUCCGGAUAGACGGACCAACUUUCAGUGUUCCGUUUAAAUUAACUAAAUCGUCGCGAACGAGAGGCACAGCUCCGGGUGGCGGUGGUGGCAUAGCACGUCGAUCAGAAAGUAUCGCGGGUUGGCUCGGCGUAGGGCCGGCUGACGCGGCGGUGUGCGCAGGCGGCGCGGCGCGGCGCGUGUCGGCGCGCGGCGCGCUCGUGGUGCUCUCGCUUGUGCUGGCCGCCCCGCACUGACCGGGCGCUGCACACGUGAGUCUAUAUAUACACCGCACCUGCGCCACCCGCUACCCGCACGCACGCUCUUCUUCUCUCGCUUACCAUCAUCUCCAGCUCUGUCUAGCUUGCGCUGAUGACCUUAGAGC